AUGCAGGAGUUUGCCUUUGGGUUACGGAGACUGUGGAAAAACAGAAACGAGGUGGUUUUUAAUGGUGUGCAUAGGCAGCUCUUGGAACUUUUGGAGUCCUGGAGCAGGAACAUCUCUGAAUUCAGAGACGCUACGCUCAGUGCGACUGAGGGAAAACAGCCUAGGUGUCGACCGAUGAUCUCGUCCUUGGACCGUGGGGGUUGCAGAUGGGAGAAGCUGGCGUUCGGGGUCCUAAAGGUCAACACCGACGCCUCGUGGUGCAAGACCACUCUCCGCACGGGGGUGGGAUGGGUUUGCCGUGACUUUGCGGGACUUUUUCAUGGUGCGGGGGGAUUGGGUGUUGAGUUGUGUCACUCUGCGACUGCUGGGGAAGCCUCUGCAAUUAGGACUGCUCUCAUGGCUUGCAUUGACUACGGGUAUGACAAUGUUGUUAUUGAAUCUGAUGCCAAGGUGAUUAUUCAAAUGCUUAGGCAUGAGCUGCCUCAUGAUUUCAAUCUCGAAUGUAUUCUUGGUGAUAUUGAGGUUCUAGUGCGUAGGUUGAGGUCUGUUUCGUUCUCUUCCGUGCCUAGGGAGAGCAAUGUUGCUGCUCACUCGGUUGCUAAGUUUGUUUUCAAGGAGGGUCGUGAAUUUGGGUGGGACUGUAUUAGGCCUGAAUUCUUGUUUAACAUCCUAGCCCAGGAUGUAAAUCUCUCUAUUCGUAUCUAA